AUGUACGAAGCACGUUAAUUGUCAUUAGUAAACCGUGGAUGUUUGUGCAUUUAAAGUUGCGUAAAUGCAAAGUAUAGAAAUACGCAUUGUGUGGAAUAUUGAAAACGUAAUGUUUAGUUACAACGAAAUACACUUUCGCUUUGCUAGUUUCCGUUUCUGCUAAUUAGCUUUGUAAAAAGACACGAACUCUGUGUAAACAUCCGCAGUUCAGUCGUAUCUACGUCGACGAUGCUUCCGUAGCUACUUGAACGUUAAUUAAUUCGAAAUAUUAAUCAGACAAUGGAACUUAAAAACAAGAAUGUUCGACUAUAACAAAAAUAGGUAUUUAUUCCUGGCGAUGCUCAAGCGAUCUAAAAUCAAUCAACGUUCUUUUGUGUUUUAAUUUGAGAAUGUCCGACGAUGACAAAAAUAAAUAUUUAUCCCUGUGGUGUUUAAGUGUUCUAAAAUCAAUCAACUUUUUUUUGUGUUUUUAAUUCGAGAAUAUUUGACCAUAACAAAAAUUAAUAUUUAUCCCUAGUGAUGCUCAAGCGAUCUAAAAUCAAUCAACAUUUUGUGUUUUUAAUUCGAGAAUGUCCUACCAUAACAAAAAUAACUAUUUAUCCCUAUGGUGUCUAAGUGUUCUAAAAUCAAUCAACGUUUUGUGUUCGAGUAUUAAGUAAUUCUUACAUACGUACCUUUGUAGUCGAGCAUGUCCCCAACUUCGGAAUCACAACGCAUGUAUAAUGAUCUGCGAAAAGAGAGAUCAUUUUUAAAAUAACGCCGUUAUUUAUUAUACUCGAAUAUAGUCGAUAAUUGAUCGUUCAAACAUUGUCGCUGUGCUCGUCUCGUUCAUCAGUCUAAGUUUAUCUGUCAGAACUGUUCUCGUCUCUUAACGAGCGUCGCGUUGACAAUCGCUCGAUUAUCGAAAUUUAUCAAUCGAUUUCGCCGAUUCAGUAUCCUCGGCAAUUCAAAUAAUUUUUCUGAUCGUCAAUAGUUAUUAUUGAACAGUUACGUCGUAGCUUUUUCCAAUUCUUCGUCCAAGACAAAGAAUGGCAGUUGUCAAUUCAUAAAGCGGAACGUCUUUGUCUCUCUUUCAUCAACAGCAACUGAAUACUUCUUGAAUUACUCGCUCUGCCAGACGCUUGCGCGGAGAGGUGCAAAGUUUACUGUCACGGUAAUAUUAAAAUUUUGUUUUUGCGCGUUUACUGUCACCAAUUUUUUAUUUCAUUUUAAUUUUUAUUCAUCUUCAGUAUCAAGUCAGAAAGAACCAUUACUGACCGGAGUGCAACAUCUCAAAGAAGCAGAAUCUAUUUUUAUAGAAUAUAUUAAAGAAACUAAAAUGGAAGAUACAUGUGUAAAAAGACACCGUUACUAUGAAGCGGAGAAUAACGCGAGUCAGGAAGCGAUUGAAACGCGGUACAAGAGUCGCCAAGGUUCUCCUCCUGUUUCUUUUCAGAUCGUAGUACAUUCUUUCUGA